AUGGCUUUGCAGGGUCUGCCUGCUUAUGUCAUCGAGCACCUGGCUGAGUGCGCGGCAGCGGCGGAGCUGGAUUAUGGCCGCAAGCUGCAAGCAGCGGAGGCCGAAAACCAGCGGCUCAGGAGGCAGGUUCAGAACCUGCAGGCCGCGGGGGCGGCGACACCACGCCUCUCCCAGACGGCGGCCGUCAUGGUGACGUCUAACACUCCGGCCUCGACAGACAUGGCGCUGCUCAGGAUCCAGAAGGACCAGCUGCAGGGGCAGGUCGACGCGGUCAUGGCGGAUCUGGGAGCGCGCAGGGCAGAGCUGGCGGCCGCCCGCCUCCAACACACCCAGGCGCUGUCGGACGGAGAGGCCGCGCGCCGCGCGGCGGCCGCUGCCGCGCAGCGCCAAGGAGAAGCCGAGGCGGUGGCGGCGGCUGCGGAGGGCGAGGCUGAGGCGGCACGGCGCGCGGCCGCGGAUGCGCGUGCAGCUGCUGUGGCGGCGAGGGAAGAGGCGCAAGCAGCGCAGCAACUCGCCGCAGACGAGCGCUCGGCGGCAGACGCAGCGGUGGCCCUGCGAGGUGCGGAGGACCGGCGUGCUGAAGCAGCAGCGGCCGCGGCGGCCGCUGCCGAGGAGCAGCUGUCUGAGAUGCGGCGUGGAGCGGCCGCCGCAGAGGUGGAGGCCAAUUCGGCGCGCGCUGAGGCGUCGCGUCUGCGCACAGAGGCCGAGUCGCUGGCGCGGGAAACGGAGGCCGCGCGCGACGCGGCGGCAGAUGCGCAGCUCGCGCUGCAGGCCGCCAACGAUGCACGCGCUGCGGGGCAGGUUGCGGCGGCAGAGGCGCAGGCAGAGGCACAGCGACUGCGAGAGGAGCGGGACCGGCUGGCUGCGGAGGUUGAAGAGCUUCGCUCUGCCGCGGCUAUGGCGGCGGCAUCAGCGCCGGAGCAGCGGGCUGACGUGGCCGCGGCGGACGUGAACGCUGAGGGCAGGGCGCUGCAGGCGCGCAUUCGGGAGCUUGAGCGGCAGCUGACCGACAGCCAACAGCAGCAGCAGCAGCAGCAGCAGCAGCAGCAGCAGCAGCAGCAGCAGCAGCAGCCCCAGUCAGGCCAGGAGCUGGACCAACCGGCAGGUCAAGCGGAGCCCCGACCAUCUACCAGCGCCAUCAGCGGGCGCACCACGCGCAGCAAGGCGGCCCGCCCGUCGGCCAGCGGCGCGAGCGAGUCGCAGGGCCACACAGCACAGGUGGAUUCGGGACCAAUGACGCGCCGGCGCUCGCACGCGGCGGGGACCUCUCUCAGUGGCGGCCGCGCGGCGAGGGCGGCGGGCUCUCAGGACACGGCCGGCGCCCGCCCGAGCCGUGCCACGCGGGCCGCGGCUGCCCGAGAGGCGGAAGAUGAUGCAGACAGUGCAGGAGCUGCCCACGACGGCCACGCCGGCGGCGGCGGAGGCAGCGGAAGGGGCCGCGCGACUCCCGGGCGCUCCGCCGCCUCGUCCGCCUCUGGCAGUGCAGGGGCCAAGAGGAGCGCGGGGACGGCGGCUGCAGCGCGGCGUGGCGUGGAGGGUCGCAGCAAGGCCGCGUGUCUAUCCCCGCUGGCUGAGGGUGAUGCUGAGGGCGAGGAGGUGGACCAGCCCAGGAAGAGGAGGGCCGCCACUAGGCAGUGA